UAACUAUUAGUUUAUCAAGCCGGAAUAUUUUCACAUACAUUAACGGCGUAUAAAAUUGCCAACACUAUAGGAACUCUUGCAUUAUUAUUACUCUAAAAUUAAAUACAGACCUCCGCAGGGAAUUAAUAAAACAAUUAUAAGUGAAAUCCCCAAUCCACAAUACGCUGAGAGGAGGGCAAAAUAUAAAUUGAAGACUUUUUGUAAACUAAAUAGACAACAUUACUCAAUUUCGUUUAAUAUACAGAACAGGAUAAUAAUGGCGUUUCUCCUGCAUAUAUAUGUAAUCUCAACAAUUUGUUUCUGUCUUAUAUGCGGAACUAAAGAUGCUUCUCAAAAACAUAUGGAAGUUGUAAGCGGUGAAACAGUGUAUCUACCAUGUAACGUGAGCACUUCUGAAGGCGAUAAAGUAGUUUUGAUAUUGUGGUAUCGUCAAGACAAAGGGACGCCAAUAUAUAGUGUGGACAUAAGGGAAGGUCUACGAAAAUCAAUUAAAAGAUGGUCGGACGAAAAUGUGCUCGGAGAUAGAGCAUAUUUUAUUAUUGACAAGGAGCCUGGUAUGCUGUGCAUUCAGAACACGAAGUAUUCGGAUUCUGGUACAUAUAGGUGCCGAGUUGAUUUUGUAAAAUCUCAGACACGAAAUAGCAAAGUGAUACUAACAAUCGUGGAACCACCACAAAAAGUUGUAUUGUGGGACGACUCUGGAAACGAGCUAUCAACAGUUGUAGGACCGUGUUCCGAAGGAGAUAUAAUAUCGCUUAAAUGUGCAGUUUUUGGAGGUAAACCAAUACCUGAAAUCACAUGGCUUAGAGAUGAUAUCAAGUUAAUAUCACCAAUUAAACAUGGCGAUCAAUACAUUGAAAGUGAGUUAACUUUGGGUCCAUUGGGGCGAUCCGAUUUAAAAUCACGCAUCAGUUGCCGAGCAAGUAAUCAUCCCCGCGCAACCCCUGUGGUAACCGUAGUGCAAAUCGAUAUGAAUUUUCCUCCGCUUGAUAUUCGACUGUUAGGGGCUUACCAGCCUUUGUCAGCAGGACGACGAUAUGAUUUAUUAUGUCAAAGUGCUGGAUCACGUCCACCAGCAGUAAUAACGUGGUGGCUAGAUGGGAUUCGAAUGGAAAAAACUACGGAAACUACAUCAAGUGACGGAAACCAAACCACAAGCACCCUGUCCAUCUCCUUUAAUAAAAAUGACGCUGGUAAGUUGCUCACUUGUAAAGCAUAUAACCAUGCCACUUCUUCCGAACCUUUGGAGGACGGUUGGAAAUUGGAAAUUCACUAUGCUCCACAAGCCUACGUUCAGCUGGGGACAUCUUUGGAUCCUAACGCGAUCAGGGAAGGAUCUGAUGUAUAUUUUGAUUGCCUGGUCGAGGCAGAGCCGCCGGUCUAUCGUAUUGAAUGGCGGCAUAAUGAAUUACUACUACCACGCAAUAUUUCGCAAGGGGUAAUAAUUAGUAAUCAUUCGUUGGUACUACAAGGUGUUAGCAGAACAACAGCUGGAAAUUUUUCUUGUGUUGGAUUCAACAGUGAAGGGGAAGGAUCGAGUCCGCCUUUCCCAUUAAAUAUUUUAUAUGCUCCCACCUGUACCUCUAAUCAGAGCAUUAUAUAUGGUGCAGCAAAACAGGAAGAUGUAAAAAUUAAAUGUACAGUUGACGCAAAUCCAUACGAAGUGGAAUUUACAUGGACUUUUAAUAACUCUGCAGAAAGCAUUGAUGUCGCUACCAACCACAUUUCUCAAAUCGGUACUACUUCUAUUGUAACUUACACCCCUGUUACUGAACUCGAUUAUGGCACGCUACUUUGUUCUGCGACAAACAAAAUAGGAAGACAGAGGAUACCAUGUGUGUUUCACAUUAUAGCAGCAGGACGACCUGAUCAUGUCCAUAAUUGCACUUUAUCGAACAUAUCGAUGACAUCGUUGACUGUAACUUGCUCAGAUGGAUUCGACGGAGGUCUGUCUCAGCUUUUUGUAAUGGAACUUGUUGAUGCACAUUUAAAAGAGUUAAAAGCUAAUAUAACAUCCGCAAUGCCAAAGUUUACUGUAUCAGCAUUAUCUCCUGGUGGAAUUUACAUUUUGACUCUUUAUGCCUUCAAUUCCAAAGGAAGGUCGGAACCGACGAUAUUGACAGCGUCAAUGUUAGGCAUGCCUGAGAAACAACUUAUUGCAGAACCAGGAACACGCAGCGAAUCUGAUUUCUUCGUAGCUCCUAUAAUAUCAUUGACUCUUGGUUUGACAGUGACAAUCCUAAUUACAGGACUUGGCGUUAUAUUUGCUCUUAGAAUUCCAUUUCGCAAAAGGGACCGUCACCAAAAAGACUAUUGCAACGAUCACACUCAACGUAGUAUGACUCCGGAAAUAAGUGAAAAAAGUUCGGAAGAGAAGGACAUCGACGCAAAUGAUGACGACAAAAAUCCAGAUGUAAUACCGGAGUCUAUUAACACUGACAUGCAACAUUCAAUUUUAUAUGAAAAUUCCAUUUCCCAAUGUACACUGCCAAGAGGACAUCAUCCGUGGACACAUUAUAAUUGUUUACUACCGACAACGACAUCUAUAAAUCCUAGUGAAUUAAACCAACAAAUCCUUCUGACAACAAACAAUUUCGCACCUAGAUUUUUAUCUGAACCAUUUACUUCAUCAGCUAUUAGUCCUGCUCCCUCAUCUCUUAUAUCACCGUUGUUUCACUCAUUGAAAUAUGAAAAUGUUCCCGCUAAAGAAUCUAUGCGAGUAAGUGUUCCUGAUGAAGUGAGUCAUUCAAAAUUGUUGACUUUACAUGCAACGAAUAUCUCAGAUGAUACAAUAGCAAUUCAAACACCACUGUUAAUUAAAGGUUCAAAUUCCGCAUGACAAUAGGGUUUUCACAGGGUUGGUGACACAGCCCUGUGACAGCAUGUCGGUUUAAGAUGAAACAUAUUGAUUAAAAUAAAUCUCCAAACCACCAAAUUAUGUGUGUAGAUCAAUCAACGGCGAUAUUUAAAUGUUUUUAUAAAACAUUAAAAAAGAGACUCAGGAUAAGCUUCCGUUUACAAAUAAUAAUUGUACAAAAUUAAGACACAAUAUAAAAAAACAUUUG